AUGGGCAGCACGUGUUCGAGUAAGGCAAAAGUGCCUCAGAACUUGCGUUAUGGUGAAACGACAAAAAUGGCGGCCAGCCACCUCCUCCGCCACCAGCCAACGGUCCGCCUCAAACAUCCACAUGGCACUGCGGCCGCCCAGCUGUCCGCAUCUGUACGGGAACGACUCCUCGGCUCACAAUCCCUACCUAAGCCUGGCACACACGAGUUUGCUGCAUUGUUCCAUCACCACAGGGCUGCGCCUAGAGGCGGGAUGAAGAUAAGUGACGGAAGCCUUUCCGAUACCCAAACGUAUUCUGAAGUCAAAUCUGACUACGGAAUACCCUACGCGCCAUGGCUUAGACACAGAUCGACUAAAUCUGAAAAGCUGUAUCCAUCGAUGUUGCAAAGGUCUUCGGAGAGCGAUUACGAGCCCUAUUAUUGUUUACCAGUGCAAUACGGACCAGGAGGACAAGGUCUGAACUACGGAGUCUCGGAACCGCCUUCUCCCUCUCCAAGAUCAGCACUAAGUCCAACUCAUCAGCCCGGAAACGUGAUGCACACGCCACGACAUUCUCACCACUAUCCUAAAAAGAAUGAUGAAGUGCACGGCUCGACUGCGUCUUUGGUGUCGACGGCGUCUUCUCUGGCAGCUGGCGCCGGGACCGACGAACGGCAAGCUCACGAGGUGCGAAAGCUUCGACGAGAACUGGCGGAUGCGAAGGAAAAGGUGCAUACACUGACAACCCAACUGACCACUAAUGUAAGUACUUUCUACUUA